ACAUAUCAACUGCUGGUGCUGGUUGAUCUGUCCCAUCCCUCUGAGUCUGUCCUGCUCUUCUCUUCUAACAGGGUGCAAAGUAUAAACAACCAAGAUGGCGGAGAAAAAGAUGUCAGCGAGUCGGAAGCAUCACCUGAAGAGCGCGAUGCUUACUUUGGCAAAAGGCUUACUGGAAGCAGAGGCACAAGAGAACGUGCAAGAGAGGGUGAGGUACAUGGAGGAGAUCUGCCCCCCGCUGUCCUUGCCUGGGUCUAUGCAGGAACUGCAGGAUUUGUGCAAAGAGCUCCACCAAAAGAUUGAUGUAGCGGAUGAGGAUAGAUAUGAAUUAGAAAGAAAAGUGCAAAAGAGUGGACAAGAGAUCGAAGAUAUGAAGAUUAAGAUUCAGGACCUGAAGGGCAAGUUCAAGAAGCCAGCUCUGAGGAAAGUGCGUAUGUCUGCGGAUGCCAUGCUGCAAGCUCUGCUGGGCUCCAAACACAAGGUCAACAUGGACCUGAGGGCCAACCUGAAACAGGUCAAGAAGGAGGUCAAAGAGGAGGAUAAGGAAUUACGUGAUGUCGGCGACUGGCGUAAGAAUAUCGAGGACAAGGCUGGCAUGGACGGCAGGAAGAAGAUGUUUGAGUCUGAGUCUUAAACGUCAUUUGAUAACUUGGCUGCGAUUUGUUUGCCCCAUAAGAAUUCAUAGCACACUGGUCUUCAUUUGGAUUACCCCACUCUGUCUUAAUUUGUGCUCUUUUUUUUAUUUUUAUUUUUUUUGGUAAGGUGUAGUGGAUUAGAAGAAUGUUGGCAAGCCUCUGCCUGAAGGUUCCCUGUCUUUUAUCACAGUAAUUCACAGAUAAACCCAUCAGACUUUUGAAGACAACUUAAAAAAAAUUAGUUUUCUAAAAGAAAUGUAUUUCCGUUUUAAACUAUUUUGUGAAAAUAAAUAAUUUGAAGGAA